AUGGACACCGUCGGUUCGGAUAUGGCUCAGCCUCGCUUGUUGGCUCGGCUCGGCAUUCUUUUGUUCAUUCGCCAAUGGGAUGCUCAGCACCAGCUUUCUUUUGAGAGAGAGAUUGGUAUUAGUAUGCCCCAAGGCACUCUGGUAGAUCACAGCGGCAUAUUCCACCUGGACAGUUGGAACAUGUUACGGAUAACUCUUCCCGGUUACUCGGUCUCCAUAGACGACAAUCCGGUCUGUGUCUGCCUCACCAUUCCUUUCUCCGCUUUUCACCCAUACCUGCACCUGGAACCCAGUGCUGUUCUACCCAUGAGCGUACAGGAUUGCGCGGUCUGGCCCCAGAACCAAUUUGUGAUCAGCCAGAUCGACACUUGGAGCGAGGAGUGGGACACCUUCGAGCCCGACCACGUAUAA